CUUCAACCCCAAUAGUAACUACUGGAGACGAAGAAAGAGGGACUGAUACUCUGACUCGACUCUGACUGACUCGACUGUGACUGGACUGAACUCGACUCAACGGAGUCACACGAUUUGUUUCUUGAACCUUCUCGAACUCUCCCAAACGGACCAUUUCUCAAAAACUGAGGGGCGAAGCCAACGGCAGAACAGUAUCAACCUUCAGUAUCUUCACAUCGCUCAAUUGGCUAAUCACUGUCCGUCCUCCCAGAUCAACGGAAACUGAGUUGGUACUUAGCAAAGCCUCAUUCGUUGCUGCCAACCCCAAAUCUCUCGAGCUUUCGACCUGCUCCAUUUCAUUGCAGUUGAGCCAGUACGCACUGGACGAUGUUGUUCGAAGAGCAUCCGCACCUCGGCAAGCACGAUGCUGAAGAGAGUCCGUUCGAGAGUGCUGCCAAGAAGCAGCGAUGGGAAAACGGCCAGCAGAACGAGGACCAAGAAUCCAAGGACUUGCUAGAGUGGGAAUUGCAGCAAGAGAAGUGGACGGAAAAAACAAACACAGCAAUACUAGAAGACCCAAAAUGGCAAAGAGUAGGCAUUAAGGCAGAGUCUCAGUCUUCGUUUUCCGAUGAGGAACGUCAGCAACAAACGAUGACGGCUCUACCUUCGGCAACACUACAACCACGAGGCCAGCUCUUCCAACCAGGGGGUACCCGUCCCCAUAACAGUCCUGGGAGAACGUUGUCACAAAGUGGCUCAGCAGCACCCAUCUACAUUGAAGAUCAGAGGUUGGUGCAGCGCCCUGCAUCUCCGUCCAUGUCGGUUCGCAGUGCUCAUCAGCUAGGUGCAGCCUUGAGCCCAAACAGUGCGAGGCCAGCGUCGCCAUCCUCUAGUGUUCGAAGUGCUUCUGCUUACAGCCGCUUCCACAAGCAAGACCCACAGUAUGUUUUUUAUCCAUCAACUCCAAACGGAGGAAGACACACGAACAACUGGUCUUCUGCGGAACCCGCCAGCCCCUACAGAGAGACUGGAGCUGAACCGUUUCCACUGGAGAACCAACUGCCAAUGAGAGUGAAGCCCUACUCUCCGGUCCUUUCUCCUGUCCAGCCCAGCUCACAGAUGUUUCCUUACGGCGCCGUGAACCGAGAUGAACCCGCAAGCAUCGAUGCUACGUUUCGGGAGGAUGUGGCAGCAAAAAGUCCCAUCGCAUCCGCUUACAGAGACCAUCAAGCCACCCCUCAAACUACCCCUCGAGGUUCCUCUUGGAUUGCUGGCGACCAAGAUCAACUGGACAUCAUGCGCAACGAUGACGCGGAUCAGCUGGAGGCUGAGUUUGCACGGCUGGAGAGUGGUCGAGGUCGAACAGCAGUAGGGUUUCCUCAUGUUGAUGAUGAACGCGAUGAGCAUGAUGCAAUGCAUGCAGUUCAGAGUCCAAAGAUGGGUUAUGAAUUAGAAGAGCUAGAGAAGGAAUAUGAACGUCUCGAGACAAGGAACAAUGAAGUUAUUCACGUGGGAGACGAAGUUUUGCACAUGGAAGAUGAACUUUUGCACGUUGGAGACGAAAUUAUGCACGUGGAAGAGAAACCAGGGCAGCUUCUUGAAGAUCCUGACGACGGUGUGAUUCAUUUGGAGGAUCAAGUUUCAUUGGGAGAGAACGAACCUCAAGUACACGCCACAGAGCACCACGAAUUGGCAGGAGGACAGGAAGAUCCUGAAGGCAAGACAACCGAGAGCCUAUCAUUUGGAGCAGAAGAGCAACACGGAAACAAGCAUGAGCACAGUGGAUAUGGAAUCGAGGAUCUUGAAGCCGAGUUUGACGAGGCAUUGCGUCGCAAGGAAGUUCUUAUGCGCAACUGUUCCAUGGAUUCAAACGAGGGAGAGGACGAUAUCCUUGGUGAAAUUGAAGAGGAUGAACCGAAGGAAGACCCGCCUAAGAAAACAGCGGUAAGGAAAUCAAGAUGGCAGGAGAAGCUCGAGAGGUUUGAGCGUCGAGGUCUGGAUCCAGCUGAAUCUACCUCUGACGUCUCCAGAUACCCUCGGCUACAACAGAUCCGGCAACGACGCAGAGAACGAUUAAAGGCUUUGAUGACUAUUCGGCAGGAACGUGCGGAGAUAUGGAACACUUUGGAGGCAAACUGGGAGCACAUGGAGAAUAGUAUGACAAGGAGGAUGGGCACGGAAACGAAAAGCCGCGGCCAAGACCCCGAACCUGCGUCAGGAAAGCACAAGAGUAGUGACGUAAGAAAUGAGCCCACGGAUGCGUCAGCUCACGAGCAGGAUGACUUAAUGGCCGACGACUCUCUGCGGCUGUCGGCCAGCGAGGAGCCAAUUUCGAACGAACCAGAAAUGGUGGCGUUCGAAAACGCCAUCGAGGCAGUUGCCCGCGCAGAGGAGGAGGACAGUCCUCCUGAUGCUCCCAAUGACAGCUAUGACACGGAAAUAGCACAGGCAAGUGCAGCAAUGGCAGAAUUGAGCGUGGCUAGCCCACAGGAAGCUGGUUUGUCACCGAAAACAGCAGCGACAAUGCCGAUGAGCCCUUUGAGUCCGACUGAGUCACACAAGUCACAAAAGUCACAGAAGACGCCAAAGACUCCCAAGUCACCAAAGUCACCAAAGAGCCCGGGAUCGCCUACUUCAAAUGCCUAUCCUGCUUCGCCUUCGUCUCUACUGGAGAGCAUUGCGUUUGGAGCAACCGGAAAGGAACAAAAGGACCUCAUGGUCGCGUCUCUGCAAGCAAGCAAUGCUGGCGAAAGUGAGGGCAAGACCUCUCAAAAAGAGGAUCCGCCGCCCUCUUUCGGGGCCUACGUUUCCCAGAGUAUGAGUGACGUUGGCACCAAGGUUGUCAGAAUCCUUUCAGCAGUCCGAAGUAACGAGGAACCGCAGCAACAGCCACCGAUUCAUCAGCAAGGAACCGACACAGUAGAAGAGGAUACAAGCCAACCGACGGAGGAGGCAAGGGACGACGAUGAAACGAGCAACGGACUAGGGUUGGACCUGAUUGCUGGAUUUGAGGAGGACGAAGACGAACUACACGAGCAGCAGGGGUGCGUGAACCCGCUGCAAAGCCUCAUAGGCAGACCAAGGCGUAUUGUGGUGGAGGAUGUGGCGGGCCAAGGAUGCAUCAAUCCGUUCGUAACCUUUGGUUUCGAAAAGGCCACGCAGAUGUGUGGGUCCCAGAGCGCGAAGAGCCAGAAUGAGAAACGGAAGAUCUCUGGAUACAUCGAACAAAUCCCCGACACAUACAGUGACAUUCAAGAUGAUGUUCGUCAAGAUGAGCUUCCCCGGAAUCAAAGCGAGGAUGACCAAAAGUUCAGUGAACGCCUUGACGGUUCACUCUCUCAAAGCGAUGAUAGGGACAUGCCGCCAGAGUCAAUGGAGAACUCUGCAGUCGUCGCCGCCCCCACUCCCAGCAAGAAAUCACGUCGAUCGAAGAAGAACAAGCACAAAAAGUCUACAUCGGCGGCUACAAAGGACGGUGAAUCCAAUGUCGGCGUUGACACUUUCUUUACACUCGUGGAUGAUUUGCUCGUGAACAACAUUCUCAACAUUAUGGAUGAGAAGUCAGUUGACAAGAUGGCCCAUACCUUCGGCUUUGACUGAGUGAGGAUCAUCAUUUGAUAAUCUGUAUUCGCUUGGAUGCUGCCGCAAGCUGCAACAACGGGAAGGAGGCAUGGCGAUUGGCUCCCGAUGCCGCCCCCAAAGUACUGUUGAUGGCCGCCGGCCAUUAGUAGAGACGAGUAAACUAACGAGUGUAUUGUAGCGAUGAGGUGCUCUUUCCGCCCAAACCCGUACUAGUACCGGUAGCAGUUUCACGACCGCACACAACACACACAUUGGAACCAGAUUCAUAAAUCCUACCCGGAAUAUG